AUGUCGGCUCCCCCAAGGAGAACAUUCCUCGAUCGUGCGCAGCAGACUAAUGAGACCAAUAGCCCAGCGCUGGAACGGCUCUACACCGACAUGAUCCACGCGCUCGAGCCUCAGAGUGAGAUCGCACCUCGUGUACUGGAUGAUAUUAUCGCUGCAUGUGAUGUCCUUACCGCUAACCAGGAGUUGUCGACGUGGAGACGAGCGAGUUACCAUAUGACCUAUGCGCCGGCUUUACUAUUGAAGGCAAAUCAGCUCCAAGCACGGGAGAUGGUCGAUGUAGCGCAAGGACAUUAUGAGUCCGCUCAAGCGUUGUAUAAGCAGGCGGCCGAUGAGCAGAUUGCUAAGGUUGAUGUGCAGUUGUCGAAUUGCGAGCGUGCUAGAGCUGCUCUUGUUGAGCGAGCUGGACCUCUCGGUUCUCAGCAGGCAGGUGGUCAGGCUACUUCUCUGCCGCGGGAAGGCCAGAUCCCAUCGCCAUCGAACGGAGCGGUAGUAGAGAAGCAGCAGCGCCGACAACAGGCGACGUCCUCUACGACUCUGCGAGCUGCUCAACCACCGAGAGCCUCGUCUGACAACGACAAUCACGACAAUCAUUCGACACUUGACAACGACGCCGAGCAAGCAGCGCCCACAAGCAUUCCGCAGGUAGAUGCUCAGCUUCCUCGCCCACCAGGACGAGACCAUCCAACCUCCUCACCCCCAGCCACUCCACAGGUAGAACUAAGACACAACGACCAAGAAGGUGAAGAUCCCGCUAGAACUACACCAACCCCACCAGAACCUUCCUCCUACCCAGCCCUCAUCUCACAAUGCUUCAACGACUCCCCAACCCGGGUCCUCACCGUUUCGGAGAUAUACGACUUCGUCCUCGCGCGCCGGUCCAACGUCGCCAAUGUCAAGAAUGCAAAGAGCCACAUACGAGGUGUCUUGAGCCGGAAUAAGGUACUGUCUGUCUGA